AUGAAUUCACCAAGUGACAAUAAUUCAACGGUUGUACAAAAACCAUUGAUGGAGGUGACAGAAAAGGAUGCGUACAAAGAAAAACUCAUCGCAUUUGUCAAUCCGAAAUCUGGCGGUUUACAAGGUCAAGUGGUAUUUGAACAGUUGAGAGCUCAAAUAGGUGAAGAGAAUGUUUAUGACCUGAUUAAAGAUCAUGGACCACAACGAGGUUUAAAAGAAAAUCAAAAUGAGAAAAAUUUGAGAAUUAUCGCAUGCGGAGGCGAUGGUACAGUUGGUUGGGUACUAUCUGCGCUCGAUGCUUCACAGAUGCAGUAUAUGGACUUUAUUAGUGUCGGCGUCAUUCCAUUAGGAACAGGAAAUGAUAUGGCGAGAUUUCUUGGCUGGGGUGUUGGAUAUCGUGGUGAAGCGUUAGCACCUGUCAUUCAAUCGUUAGCUAUUUCAGAAGCACGCCUACUCGAUCGAUGGAAUAUUGAAAUACAAUCUACGGCUCACACAGGUAUCGCCACUUUAAAAAUUCCACAAUCUGUGUUCAAUAAUUAUCUUAGUUUUGGUGCCGAUGCUCAGAUCGCUCUUGAUUUUCAUGAGAAACGCAAUGCGAGUCCGCGUCGUUAUGCUAAUCGAGUAUUCAAUAAACUAGCGUAUGGCUGUAUCAGUUGUAACACAUUUUUCGAUCGUCAAUAUCUCUUUGGAAAUAUUGCUAAUUUCUUCGAGCUACAUGUCGAUGGAAGAAACAUGGACGAAGAUCUCUUUCAUUUUCGUCCUGAUGCUAUACUGAUAUUGAAUAUCGCAUCGUAUGCAGCUGGAACGAAUCCUUGGCAAGGCACGUAUGAUAAUCUUUGGUGUGCGCAAUCGCAAGCUGAUGACGAUCGAUUUCGUGAACAGAGUUGUUCAGAUGGCUACUUAGAAAUCAUCGGUUUUAAACAUUUCGAAUUAGCACGUAUUCGACUUGGACGACGUGGCCAUCGUAUAGCACAAGGAAACGAAAUAAAAUUAACUAUUCGACGAGAUUUACCUAUGGAAAUCGAUGGUGAGCCAUUUCUACUCGGUCCUUGUCAGAUUACAAUCACACGAAAGAAUCAAGCUCGAAUGAUAAUCACGGAUCGAAGUCAAGCGGCUCAACAAAUUCAAUCUAAACGUGUCUAA